AAAUACAAACCACAAACGAGAAUAGUAAAAGUUAGAUCUGUCCGGUCAGACAUCGACGAGCAAGACAAGUAUAUAAACACCUUCAUUGCUUCAUCAUUUCUUCAAACGUGAAUAAACUGGUAGUAAACACGUGAAUUCCUUUUUUGUUCUGCUUCCUUUUUUCAUUAUUUUCUUUUAUUUUGUAACAUAAAUAAAAGAAAAUAAUAAAAAAGUAAGAAACGUUAAUAAUAAUUAAAGAUGGGUUACAUUUCUCUAUCUAUAGUUGCAUUCCUUGUCGCUCUUGCCUCACCCGUGGUUCUAGCCACCGAUACAGCACCGAUUCCAGAAGUCAGAUCCCAAAUCCCGCAAUGGUUCAAGACCAACGUUGCACCUUAUUCCCAGAGACAGGGAACGCUAGACCCCGCCCUCGACGCUGCUGAAGCAGCUCGACAAGUUAUCACCGUGAAUCAAAAAGGAGGUGCCAACUUCAAGACGAUCAACGAAGCGAUCAAGAGCAUUCCAGCGGGAAACAAGAACCGUGUGAUCAUAAAGUUGGCUCCAGGUAUAUACAAUGAGAAGGUGACGAUCGACAUAGCUCGACCGUUCGUUACAUUGCUUGGUCAACCUGGUUCAGAAACGGUCUUGACUUACCACGGGACGGCCGCUCAAUACGGAACCGUCGAGAGUGCAACUCUUAUCGUCUGGGCUGACUAUUUCAUGGCAUCUCACCUAAUCAUUAAAAACACUGCACCUAUGCCGAAACCAGGCUCACAAGGACAAGCUCUAGCUAUGAGGAUCAACGGCGAUAAAGCAGCUUUCUACAGCUGUAAAUUCCACGGUUUCCAAGAUACUCUCUGCGACGACAGAGGCAACCAUUUCUUCAAGGACUGUUACAUCGAAGGAACCUAUGAUUUUAUCUUCGGAAGAGGAGCUUCCUUGUACUUGAACACGCAAUUGCACGCUGUUGGAGACGGAUUAAGAGUGAUCACGGCACACAGCAGACAAAGUGCGAACGAACAAAACGGAUACACGUUCGUGCACUGCAAAAUUACUGGAACCGGAACCGGGAUUUAUUUGGGCCGGUCUUGGAUGAGCCACCCAAAAGUCAUCUAUGCUUUCACAGAGAUGACCAGCGUGGUCAACCCAUCUGGCUGGAAGGAAAACACCCAACACGGAUAUGACAAGACGGUGUUCUACGGAGAGUACAAGUGUUUCGGACCAGGGUCACACCUAGAGAAGAGAGUUCCGUUCACACAAGAUGUUGACCAAACCGAAGUUAAGCCAUUCCUCACUCUUGGUUACAUCAAGGGCUCCACGUGGCUACUUCCUCCUCCUAAAUACUGAUUUUUUCUUCUUCUUAAGAUAAAAAAUAUUGAUUGUAGCAGUCCUUAAUCCUUAAACCGGCGAAAUGUUCCCAUCUUUAUUUUUUUUUAUUUGCUUGAGAUAUGAAAUUAUUCAAUUCAUUCAUUUCAAUUUUUAAUGCCCGGAAGUUUGUGGUGUUAUUCGUUAUGUACCCACAAAAUCCACAAAAAAACCUCGUUUUAUAAUAUACGUAAUUGAGUAAUAUCAUAAAACGAGAUUUUGUUGUUCGUAAAAUAUGUGACUAUAAUUAAUACUUUAUCAAAACUAAGUUAUAAAUUAUAUAUGUAUGACGCACCAUUAAGUUCAUGAUAUGUUUUGAAGUAGUAACAAAAUGAACGAGUCUGUCCAUCUGUGAUAUGUCC